UUUUGCUUAUUUUAGAUUUUUCCCUAAGAGUUUUGUAUUCACUCCAUACACCCGUAUCCAACAAGCUAUAAUCAGUAUACGCCAGAGCGGCGUACCUAGGUAAGCACCUACAACGAAUCACGUUUGUUGGAGCCUCGUUAUGAAUUAUUAACUAACGACUAUACUACUUGUCUACUUAUGUUAUUAAUUAUUAUCGUCUUUCGAGUUUCGAAUACAAAGAACACGUCCCGUUGCCAAACGGUCUUCAGGACUUGUGUGUGUACAUUGCAUUUUCUCAUCGCACUGCUCUGCAGUCCGCCACGACUGGCUAGUGACUACGAAAUAAUUGCAAUUUAAAUUACGUCAUCGCGUACGUCACGAGUACUAUCAUCGACUGGCGGUGGUAUCAACGACUACAGUACUACAGCAAUAACAAUAACAACAAAAACGUACUAUCGUAGUCGACGGACCACGACGACCUGUGCGCACCGGCAGCAGAGCAACCGAUUCGCAACGCCGAGCCGCCCGAAAACGUUGGUCCGGCGGCGGCACGGCAGAUUCGCACGACCAGGACUCUGAGAUUAAAACGCGGUAAAGUAAACAAACAAACAAAAAAAAAACAACAAAAACAACAAAACACGAAACGACGCGACACGACCGUCCGUAACAAUACAAAACGCCGCAACACUUUUUAACGGUCAUACUGGAGACGCGCUGCAGUCGACCUCGGGUGAAUGUUUUUCGUAUUCACGCGGUCGCCGGUCUACAACAAGAGCAGUGGUGGUUGCAUUGCUACGAGUGCACUUUGUGGGCUAGGUACAGGCGGUUAUUAUGUCCCAGAAGGUAUUCAAAGAGCACUCCGAGUUGUUUCCGAUCCGCGACGUACCCGCUGUAGUGGACGUGUUCCGCAAAGAGCUGGAAAAAAAAGAACCGGACCUGUUGCUGCUGUCGCUGGUGGCUGGCGCCAUCGAGAACACGAUGACUUGCGUCCGACCGACCACAGAAGUGCCGAUCGUCGUGACGGCUGAAACCAACUUUGACUUUGAUCAGGUACCACUGAGGCUGCCCGACGUCGAGCUGCACAUUGUGGAAGCUCUGUACACAAAAUUCUACUCGCUCAUUAAGAGCAGCGUUGACCCUCUGCAUUUUGACGACCGAGACGGACAUGCCAGCCGAGAACUUGUGAAAAGGGUGUCCGACGUCAUAUGGAACACGCUCACUAGAAGUUACUAUAAAGACAGGGCACACUUGCAAAGCAUGUAUAGCUAUUUAACAGGUUCAAAAUUGGAUUGUUUUGGUGUUGCGUUUGCUGUAGUAGCUGCUUGUCAAAUACUCGGUUACAAUGAUGUUCAUUUGGCUUUGUCUGAAGACCAUGCAUGGGUUGUAUUUGGUCCAGAUGGUAGUGAAAACGCAGAAGUUACCUGGCAUGGAAAGGGAAAUGAAGAUAAACGUGGACAAAAAAUUAAAGAUUCAGGACCUGGUCAUAGGUCAUGGCUAUAUGUUAAUGGCCACCCCGUAAUUUGUAAUAGGCAUAUGGAAGUAUCAGCAUUAGUUAGCUCUAUUAACCCAAGUAUUAACCAAUCUAAUGAUGCUUUGGAAGUCGCCACUCUUCAAAAAAAUCUUUUGUGGCUUCUUUAUGAUGAAGGUCACUUAUCAAAAUUUCCACUUGCUUUAGGUAACUUAGGUGAUUUGGAAGAGUUAAAUGCAACACCUGGAAGACCUCCUUGUACAGCCUUAUUUGAAGAAGCUAUUUCAGCUGCUCGAAUAUACUACAGUGAUAUGUUUGUCUAUCCAUAUACUUACCAAGGUGGAUAUUUCUAUAGACAUAACAUGAUUAAAGACGCUUUUGCAAGUUGGGCCAAUGCUAGUCAAGUUAUAAGCAAGUAUAGUUUUAGUAAAGACGAUGAAGAAUUAUAUAAAGAAAUGAUGGAUAUUGCUUAUGAAUUAAUACCAUACUCAUUGAAAGAAAUGACAUGUGGCAAAAGUCGUUCAAUAUUGAAUAACCCACAAUGUUAUGCGUAUGUGUUAUUAAUUUAUGAUGGUCUUUGUCUUUGGGAAGAAGAUGGAACAACCCCAGUAUUACACAUUAAAUGGGCAAAACAUUUUAUAAAUUCCAUUUCUAAGUUUGAUGAUAGUGUGAGAACAAGACUUAUCAUAUUAGAACCAAAAGAUUCUGAAAAUGAUAGUGGUGUAUUACAAGAUUAUCAUGAUACUAACAUGAAUAAUAAUAAUCGUCCACUACCUAAAGAAAUUUUAAAUACUAUUCCUGGCACAGAAGAAGAAACUAAAUCAGAACUCCACCCUGGUAUUAAAGCACUAACUGCAGCUUGCAGCGAGCGAAUAUUGAAUCGAGAGUUCUUAUUACAAGGUGGCGGAGAACCUUUUGUUGGUAGUUCUGAUGAAUUACCUAUUCCUACUAGUACACCUCAAGCACCUACUUUAGAAACAACAUUAAAAGAUGAUGAACCUGAAACCAAAAUUGAGUUGAAAAGUAAGAAGAUGAGAAGCAUGAAAGAUCUACUAAUUGCAAAGAAAUUGAAUACACAAGCAAUAAGUUUACAAAUGAGUGCUCAGUCUCAAGGGGGAAAACGUCAUGCACCUAGAGAUAAUGCAGAACCAAUAUCCAGGCGGAGUAGAAGAAAUAACAACUAAUUAAAUGUAUACUAAAAAUGCAUUAAACGUAAGUGCAAUUUUUUCUUUCAAAAAUAAUUUACUUUAUUUUAUACUGAAAGACUUUGAUUAUGUUACUUAUAUUUUAGGAGUUUAAAUUCUUUACUAUGACUCAUAGUUGAGAUCGGUAUUUUAUUUAGAAUCUCUUAUUAAAGAUAUUUAAUCUAUAUAUUAUAUAUAUUUCAAAAAAACAUAGGU